GGCUGGCUCGAGCUCUGCGGCCGCGGAGGCAGGUGAGGGCCUCCGGCCGGGAAGGGGCGGGCGGGCGGGAGGAGGCCUCUGGCCCCGGCCCCGCUCCGCGAUCGCCCACUCGGGCGCCCCAACCCGGCCGGGCCCAGCUGGAAAGGGCCGCCGCCGCCGCGCAUUCGCGAAGCCUGGCGCGGCCGCGGGGCCCGGGAAUGACGUGAGGGCCCCCGCGACCUCGAGACCUCCCGAGCGGGUCGCCGGCCUGCCAGCGGCGGCGUGCCCUUCUCUCCCUCUCCUCACCCUGCCCCAUCCGACAACUCCCGGCCUCCCCUAACCCCGAACACUCGGCCACUGUGGAAAAAAGCAUCCGGGCCGCGGUUGCCUCCCCUGCCUUGGGGAGCAUCUGCUCAAACUCUUCUGGCCCCUCAAGCAGAAACGGUGGCGGAUCUGGCCAAAGCCCUCUAGCAGCGACUUAAAGCCGCCAGCAGCUACUGGAAGGUUGGGGUAUGGGGUGGAUGGCUCUUAGCCUCUCCGUUCUGAACUGGUUCAUGCCACCCUGGUGGCUUCAGUCCUGGUGCCUUCAUCUUUUCCCCUCCACUUUGCUUCUCCCACCCCACUCUGGGUUCCCCGCCUCCCUCCUCAGCGGUGAGACACAAGGCUGGACCAAGGCCUCCAGGGGAAACUUGUGCCAUCAAGAAAGGCUGCACAGGACCCACCCAUGGACCCUUCUCAGGAUGACCCAACAGCACCAGCAGGGAUACUUUCCUAAGCCAAAGAGGGCCUGGGCACACCAUCUUUCAGGAGGAGCCAUGGUGUUAAGGAGGGUCAGGGGCAGCUCCUGGCGGUGGCGUGGCCUGGGAGGGGAGGGUGGUUGCACAGGCCCCAUAGGCAUUCUCAGAGCUGCCCUGCUGCUCAUCAGCCUGCCAUGGGGGGCCCAAGGGACAGCCAGUGCCAACCUCAGCACGGCUCUGGGCCACACCAUGCCAGUGACAGGGGGCCGCUACUUGAGCAUUGGGGAUGGCUCUGUGAUGGAGUUUGAGUUCCCCGAGGAGAGCGAGGGCAUCAUCGUAAUCUCGAGCCAGUACCCAGGCCAGGCCAAUGGAACGGGGCCUGGACCCACACUGAGGGUCACAUCCCUGGACACAGAGGUGCUGACCAUCAAGAACGUGAGUGCCAUAACCUGGGGUGGUGGGGGUGGCUUCGUGGUGAGCAUCCACUCUGGCCUGGCUGGACUGGCCCCACUCCACAUCCAGCUCGUAGACCCCCAUGGGGCCCCGCCCAUGCUGAUUGAAGAACGGAGAGAUUUCUGCAUCAAGGUCUCACCUGCUGAAGACACCCCUGCCACCCUCGGCAAUGACCUGGCCCACUUCUCAGAGAACCCACUACUCUACCUGCUCCUGCCUCUUAUCUUUGUCAACAAGUGUUCUUUUGGGUGCAAAGUGGAACUCGAGGUUCUGAAGGGGCUCAUGCAGAGCCCCCAGCCCAUGCUGCUGGGCCUCCUGGGCCAGUUUCUGGUCAUGCCCCUCUAUGCUUUCCUGAUGGCCAAGGUCUUCAAGCUGCCCAAGGCCUUGGCUCUGGGCCUCAUCAUCACCUGCUCGUCACCAGGCGGCGGGGGGAGCUACCUCUUCAGCCUCCUUCUUGGAGGGGACGUCACCCUGGCCAUCUCCAUGACUUUCAUCUCAACAGUGGCUGCCACUGGUUUCCUGCCACUGUCCUCAGCCAUCUACAGCCGCCUGCUGAGUAUCCAUGAAACACUCCACGUGCCCCUCUCCAAGAUCCUGGGGACCCUGCUGUUCAUCGCCAUCCCCAUAGCGGCAGGUGUGGUGAUCAAGUCCAAGCUUCCCAAGUUCUCCCAGCGGCUACUGCUGGUCAUCAAGCCCUUCAGCUUUGUGCUCCUCCUGGGCGGCCUCUUCCUGGCCUACCACAUGGGGGUCUUCAUCCUGGCAGGUGUGAGGCUGCCCAUUGUACUGGUGGGCCUCACAGUGCCCCUGGUUGGCCUCUUGGUGGGCUACUGCCUGGCCACAUUCCUGAAGCUGCCGGUGGCCCAGCGGCGGACAGUCAGCAUUGAGGUCGGGGUGCAGAACAGCCUGCUGGCCCUGGCCAUGCUACAGUUGUCAUUCCGCCGCCUUCAAGCCGACUAUGCCUCACAGGCCCCCUUCAUUGUGGCGCUGAGCAGCACCUCCGAGAUGCUGGCCUUGGUCAUUGGCCACUUCAUCUAUAGCAGUCUCUUCCCAGUUCCCUGAGGCCCCUGGGCCAAGCUUUCAUCACCUCCAGCCCCCACACUCCGCCCACUGUCCCCACAGUUCUUGUGUACCAAAGGCCUUUAGUUCUCAUGCACUAUGCACUCAGAAAAAUCCAGGCUUAUUUUUUUUACUGAUUUUUUAUUCUCCAGCUUUCAGUGCCAAAGAGGCCAUGCUGAGUUAGGUAGGUGGGCACUGCCCAGAAAAUAUAUUUCAAUAAAAGAGA